ACCAGCCUGCAGAGGAUGUACAACAACUGCGAGGUGGUAUUGAGCAACCUGGAGAUUACAUACGUGGAGCACAAUCGUGACCUCUCUUUUCUGAAGACAAUACAGGAGGUUGCAGGCUACGUGCUCAUCGCGCUUAACAUGGUGGAUGUCAUUCCCCUAGAAAACCUCCAGAUCAUCCGAGGCAAUGUGCUGUAUGACAACUCUUACGCCCUGGCAGUUUUAUCGAAUUACCACAUGAAUAAAACCCAGGGACUCCGAGAGCUGCCAAUGAAACGGCUAUCAGAAAUUCUCAAUGGAGGUGUUAAAAUCAGCAACAAUCCCAAACUGUGCAACAUGGGCAAUGUUCUCUGGAAUGACAUCAUUGACACAAGCAAGAAGCCUCUCAUGGUGCUUGAAUUUGCAAACAACCUGUCUUCUUGUCCCAAAUGCCAUCCGAACUGCACAGAAGACCACUGCUGGGGCCCUGGCGAACAGAACUGCCAGACAUUAACAAAAGUCAUCUGUGCCCAGCAGUGCUCUGGCCGGUGCAGAGGAAAGGUGCCCAGCGACUGCUGCCACAACCAGUGUGCUGCGGGGUGCACGGGGCCUCGGGAGAGCGACUGCCUGGCAUGUCGCAAGUUUCGAGAUGAUGCUACAUGCAAGGACACGUGUCCCCCAUUGGUCCUGUAUAACCCCACCACCUAUCAGAUGGAUGUCAACCCCGAUGGAAAAUACAGCUUCGGAGCCACUUGUGUGAGGGAAUGUCCACACAACUACGUGGUGACGGACCACGGCUCAUGCGUUCGCUCAUGCAAUACUGAUACUUACGAAGUGGAAGAAAAUGGUGUUCGAAAGUGUAAAAAGUGUGAUGGGCUAUGCAGCAAAGUGUGCAAUGGCAUUGGAAUAGGUGAACUUAAAGGGAUACUCUCCAUAAACGCCACAAACAUCGACUCUUUCAAAAACUGUACGAAGAUCAACGGGGACGUCAGCAUUCUUCCAGUUGCAUUUCUAGGCGAUGCUUUCACGAAGACCCUACCCUUGGACCCCAAGAAGUUGGAUGUCUUCAAAACAGUCAAAGAAAUAUCAGGAUUUUUGUUGAUUCAGGCCUGGCCCAAUAAUGCUACUGAUCUCUAUGCUUUCGAAAAUCUGGAGAUUAUACGAGGCAGAACCAAGCAACAUGGCCAGUAUUCCCUUGCCGUUGUUAACUUGAAAAUACAGUCGUUGGGGCUGCGGUCCCUCAAGGAAAUAAGUGACGGAGAUGUUGCCAUUAUGAAGAACAAGAACCUCUGCUAUGCUGACACCAUGGACUGGCACAGCCUGUUUGCAACUCAGAGCCAGAAAACAAAGAUUAUACAGAACAGAAAUAAAAAUGAGUGUGCCGCUGCCAGGCAUGUUUGUGACCCCCUGUGCUCAGACGUGGGCUGCUGGGGCCCUGGACCCUUCCACUGCUUCUCCUGCAGGUUUUUUGAUCGCCAGAAGGAGUGUGUGAAACAGUGCAAUAUCCUGCAAGGGGAGCCGAGAGAGUUUGAAAGGGACUCCAAGUGCCUCCCCUGCCACCCUGAGUGCCUGGUGCAAAACUCCACUGCGUACAACGCAACCUGCACUGGACCUGGCCCCGACAAUUGCAUGAAGUGUGCCCAUUUUAUAGAUGGCCCCCACUGCGUGAAAUCCUGCCCGGCGGGGGUUCUGGGUGAGAAUGACACCCUCGUCUGGAAAUAUGCCGAUGGGAAUGCUGUUUGCCAGCUCUGCCAUCCAAACUGUACCCGGGGGUGCAAAGGGCCAGGUCUUGAAGGCUGUCCAAACGGCUCCAAAAUCCCAUCUAUCGCAGCUGGCGUUGUCGGAGGUCUCCUGUGCCUGGUAGUGGUCGGCUUGGGCAUCGGCCUUUACUUGCGGAGGCGCCACAUCGUCAGAAAGCGGACCCUGCGCCGGCUGCUGCAGGAGAGGGAGCUUGUCGAACCACUGACACCCAGCGGGGAGGCACCGAACCAGGCUCAUCUGAGAAUUUUAAAGGAAACAGAAUUUAAAAAAGUCAAAGUUUUAGGCUCUGGAGCUUUUGGCACUGUUUAUAAGGGACUUUGGAUCCCAGAAGGGGAGAGGGUUAAAAUUCCUGUUGCUAUUAAAGAGUUGAGAGAGGCUACAUCACCAAAAGCCAACAAGGAAAUACUUGAUGAAGCUUACGUGAUGGCUAGUGUAGACAAUCCUCAUGUGUGCCGCUUGUUGGGAAUCUGCCUCACUUCUACUGUUCAGCUCAUCACACAGCUGAUGCCUUACGGCUGCCUCCUUGAUUACAUCCGAGAGCACAAGGACAACAUUGGCUCCCAGUACCUUCUCAACUGGUGUGUGCAGAUUGCAAAGGGAAUGAACUAUUUGGAGGAGCGUCGCCUGGUGCACCGUGACCUUGCUGCCAGGAACGUCCUCGUUAAGACUCCUCAACACGUGAAAAUCACGGACUUCGGGCUGGCAAAGCUGCUCGGCGCCGAUGAGAAGGAAUAUCACGCCGAGGGAGGCAAGGUUCCUAUUAAAUGGAUGGCCUUGGAGUCAAUUUUACACCGGAUUUACACUCAUCAAAGUGAUGUCUGGAGUUAUGGUGUGACAGUUUGGGAGCUGAUGACAUUUGGGUCCAAGCCAUACGAUGGGAUCCCCGCCAGUGAAAUCUCCUCUGUCUUGGAGAAGGGCGAGCGUUUGCCCCAGCCCCCCAUCUGUACCAUCGAUGUGUACAUGAUCAUGGUCAAAUGCUGGAUGAUCGAUGCAGACAGCCGUCCCAAGUUUCGCGAACUGAUAGCGGAGUUCUCAAAAAUGGCCCGUGACCCCCCACGCUAUCUUGUUAUACAGGGAGACGAUAGGAUGCACCUGCCCAGCCCUACGGACUCCAAGUUUUAUCGCACCCUGAUGGAGGAGGAGGACAUGGAAGAUAUAGUAGACGCGGAUGAGUAUCUCGUGCCACACCAGGGCUUCUUCAACAGCCCCUCAACAUCCCGCACUCCUCUCUUGAGUUCAUUGAGUGCCACUAGCAACAAUUCUGCUACAACCUGCAUUGACAGAAAUGGGCAGGGGCACCCUGUGAGAGAAGACAGCUUUGUCCAGAGGUAUAGCUCAGACCCAACGGGCACUUUCUUGGAGGACAGCAUAGACGAUGGCUUCCUGCCAGCCCCGGAGUAUGUAAACCAGUUGGUGCCCAAGAAAGCAUCUGCCUCAGUGGUCCAGAAUCCAAUCUACAACAACUUCUCACUCACAGCAAAUUCAAAGGUCCCCACGGACUGCAGCUACCAGAAUUCACACAGCACAGCUGUGGACAACCCCGAGUAUCUCAACACCAACCAGUCUCCGCUGGCCAAGACAGUCUUUGAGAGCUCUCCUUACUGGAUCCAGGCGGGCAACCACCAAAUAAAUCUGGACAAUCCUGACUACCAGCAGGACUUCUUGCCGAAGGAAACCAAACCUAACGGUCUCUUGAAAGUUCCCGCGGCAGAGAACCCGGAGUAUUUGAGGGUAGCAGCACCAAAAAGUGAAUACAUUGAAGCCUCGGCAUGACCAUAGAGAAUUACUUCUUGCAGCGAGGCAAGCCAGACUCUCGGUGAGCCACCUGGCUGCUGCAAGAAUGGACUCUUGCUCAUAGCGAACGGCGACCGCAGUGCAUCAAUAAGCACACCUUUCCUUUUCAGCAUGGGGGCUGAAACUGCGAAGCCUAUCUGAUGGUAGUUUGGGUCUUUUCUUGCCCAUUUCCAUGUAAUAACUGAGGCCCAUAGCCUGCACUCAGAUGCAUGUUGGGAUGGAGCAGGAUAUUCCUGGACAGAAGAGAUACAGAUGCAUUCCUUUCAUUUUCAAAUGGUAGCAUGGUAAGAAGCCACUCUGGGAUGAACUUGAGAGCUGUACACAUUGUACAGUCAAAUUCCUUUCUACAGUCUGUAUUUUUGUAAAUGUUUCUAACAGAAUUUUUGGAUCUUUUACAAGAUCAGAUGCUUGUACUGCUGGUCUGCUAUGUGGUGCUCAGAUCACCAGCAGGAAAAAAAAAGUGUUACUAAAUAGUUUUCCAAAACUCCUGGAACAGAAACAGUUGUUCCAAACCACCGGAUUUUUACAAAUUGGCUCCAUAUACUGCUUCUUGGCACGAGGAGGAGAAGUGCAUCUGGGGGACGUAUGGGAGAUUCUGCCCAGGGCAGUAUGGAGUGGAUCACUCUGGGGAAAACUAGCACAAGGAGCAAAAUGGCAUGACGCAUCACCUACUGACCACUACUGCUAAAACUGACAGGAGGAACUCACCUCAAAGUAAUCUGUACAUGGUUAUAAAGUGCUCGCUAGUCUGCUUUCUGAUGGUCAAAUGCAAGACAUUUUUUUUCUGAUCCCUUAUGCAGCUGUCGAGUUGUCAAAAUGCCUUUCUUCUUCAACAAAACUGUUAAAGAUGUUGCCAUAACUGAAAAAUGAAGUGUCAAAUAAUGUUUAACAGAGUUUAAUUAAAUGUCAAGGAAAUGCAAAUGAUGGCAAAUUGGAGCAUUCAUGAGACAGACUGGAAGAACUAUACUAAAUUAAACUUGACUAGGGCAAGAAACACAAGCAGCUCUAGCCAAGCAGUUUUAUUUCCCUUCUUAAAGGGGCUCAGAGCAGAAAUAAUUUUCCCUUACACAUUUGGCAAAGAAAAGGGGUAUAUCAGUGUUACGCUUUACUCACUUCAAGGCAGAAUACUGCCAAUUGCUGUACCACGCUGGGGCAGAGGCUGGGGCUCGUUGCCUGUCCCUUUGGGGUUACAUAUCCUGGCAAUGCAGGAGGGGCAGCGAGAAUGAAUUAAGGAAAGGAAGAAUAAACUGGAGUGAUGGAAAAUAUUAUCUCCCUCUUCUGAAACACGGGGCUGCCUAGUGCUUCUUUAAAAUACCCAGCAUCAUCUUCUGUUAUCAUUGUGGAAUAGGCAGACUAGGCAAGGCUAAGAUUUUAGCUUCAUAGUACAAAUCAAUCACAGCAGCAAAAGCAGCUACUCUUUCCAGGGGCCUGUGGUACAGAACUUCAGAUUCUUCCACCAUUAACAUUUCUUACAAACAUAGGAGGAGUAAAAUGCCUAAAGUGUGAAUUUAGUCGGUAAUUUAGACGCAUCCCACCAGCAGCUUGGCAGUGCUAUUUUAAUCAAACCACAAGAUCAGAAAGCAAAUGCACAUUUGGUGAUUUUGAUACAAAGGCUCUUAACUAGUUGAACAUUGGCAACUUGCUUGAGGGUAGCAUAAGUAGCUGAGUUGCAGAGGAUAUGUAGUCUAUAUUAAGUAGCAAGAAAUAGUCAAAUUUAUGCCACCACUGUGUUUUGAAUAUAUCGGUAUGUGUUUCAGUUUAAGUAUUGCGUCUGGAGUCCAAGAUCAAGCAGCAAAUGCUCAGAACAUUAUUUUUACAGAUUUAUUGAGGAACGAGGGAGAAGAAUGGUCAUGUGAAAUGACUCCUUUUAUAAGAAACACGGUGUAAAAUGCAUUAGCAGCUUGUGUGUGUGUGGUAGUUCAUCGGCCAUGCUGCAGUUUAGGGUAGAGCAGUGUAUUGGGUCAAAAUUCAAAGAUUGUCCUGUUUGGUACAUCUGUGUCACCACGACCAAGUCCCAGGCACAGCGGUAUGGAGGAUGCAAUGUUUGACUUUGAUUAUUACUGGCUUGUAUUUAAAACGCUAACCAAAAUUCAGUUCCCACGUCCAAUUAGUGGCAGAUUUCUCCUUGCAUUCCUGAGAGCAGAUUUGUUGUGUUGCUCUCACAAGCGCGUAACAUGUACGCACAGGCAGUGCUGCUUUUCUCCACCCACCGCCCCGGGAGGAAUGUACAUAAAACCAAAAAAAGAUCUUAACAGAAAUCACAGUUAAUUUUCAAUUUGCUAAAUCUGUUCUGUCUCCAAGCAGAACACUAGAAAAUCACAUAGCGCACGUUCCCCUGCAGAAUCUUUCUGACACUAUUGCACAAAAGAAUUUAUUGAUGUUUUGUUUUAAUCUGUUAGCUAAAACAAGAAAGUGACUACGAAGUAGCAAUAUGUAUCACCAGCAUUAUGUAGCAUGAACAUUAUUUAAUAGAGGUUAAUAUGCUUGCCCAUAACAAUUUAGGAAGGAUUCAGUAGCGACUCAUUGCUAGAAACAGGGAGAUUCAUCUAAAAAUUCAGCAAUGUAAGUUUGAAAGAGCAUCGCUUUUUGAAUGUAUUGUUUUUGAUGAGAAAAGUAGAAAAGAGGAUGUAGGACCACAAACUCUCGAUACAAAUGUACAGAUUCCAGAUUGGUGGGAUCAGCUGUAUUGUAAAGUAGUUCUGGUAAAUAGGCAUCCUGUAAGCCAUGAUUUGUACAUCGGCAGCUCAGUAGUGAUUCAAAAGCCAGCAAAAAAUAAAAACUGGGCAGUGUGCUGUAGUCUGUGGGCAGUGCCCGCAGGAGCAGAUAGAGCGGCAGUGGGAGUGGAUGGGACCGUGCAGCUGCGUGGCUGUCGCUGGAGGCACAGGUGCUACGCGGGGUGAUGCUCAUACGGUAACAGACAUUAGCAACGUACCAAAUGAUUUCCACUGAGAUGGAAAAAAAAAA